UAACGUCCCCAACACACUGCUUUGGCCCCUGCUUCGGAUAAACGGGAGGCUCAAAUCAGGCUCCGUUUGAGUCAAUUGGCUGGUCGUUGAGUCAUUCUUGACCUCGGCUUGGAGUCAACCAAUCGAUGCAGACCAGGCGGACAUGUCAGACAAGAUGUGCUCUUCUUGACUGCAUUGUGAGGGUAUAGCUCCUGGGAAACCCUGGUGUGAUGGUCUAUGGGAGUCUUCCAUGUGACGGCAUCCCUUUGUUGGGCCCCAUGGUGGGUGGGGUCACUAGGAGCCGAAUAAUUAAACAUUAAUCAUGGACCCAAAAAAUUCCAAACAUUUUGACACAGCAACAACAUCGACGACAAAAGAAAAGACCCCCAGCCAACCUGCUUACUUAAUAGUGCACGCAACUGGAGAAAAACCCCUCGCUAAGUGUUCUCCUUUUUUGAUUCAGAAGCUUUUUGAAUCAACCAUUGGGCAUUUAAAAAAGAUACAAAAAUUGAGUUCAGGGGACGUACUAGUGGAAACAGCCUCUCCUCAACAAACAACAAAGCUUUCAACAAUGAAGACUCUUGGAGACAUGGGAAUAUUAGUCACACCACACAGAAGUUUGAACUCAUCACGUGGUGUGAUAUCUGAGUUUUAUUUGAUGUCUGAAGACGAAUCAGACAUUCAGAUUGGCCUGUUGGACCAAGGUGUCACUUCUGUCCGACGCAUUUCGAUUCGUCGAGACGGUAAGUUGAUACCCACAAAACAUCUAAUUCUCAUGUUCGACAAUCCAACAUUGCCAUCCUUCGUUACGGCAGGAUAUCUGCGCUGCCCUGUCCGUCCAUACGUUCCAAAUCUGCUGCGUCGCUUCAAAUGCCAGCGAUUUGGACAUUCCCAGACUUCCUGCCGAGGCAAAAGCGUAUGCGCACAGUGUGGGAGUGAAGACCACGUUAGUACUGAAUGUAAAAGUACACCACACUGUGUGAACUGUAAAGAUGCCCAUCCUGCCUGUUCCAGGAAAUGCCCUGCAUGGCAAAGACAAAAGGAGAUUCGGGUGAAAACUGUAAAAAACGUAUCAUACCCAGAGGCCCGUCGCAUGGUCACUCCAAGUGCACCAUUACAGCAGAAGACAUUUGCUAGUGUGUUGAAAUCCACUAAGACAUGAGGGGUUCAAACAGAUAUUUUUGUAUCCCCAAGUGAAUCUCUUACUUGCCAUGCAAAUGCUUAUUGAUCCCAUCUGCACAAUCAGAAGAAAAGGGAGAACACAAAGACCAAAACCUCUGUAACUAAAACGGGAGUAACAACCAGAAAUGUGGGUUCUAAAAAAGCCAGUAAGAAUUCACUUAACAAACAGAGUGAAAGCACCCCUCUCUAAAGUCAAAAAAUCAGAAGCUCAAUCUAUGAGUGAGUUAUCUGACAUAUCUGAUGAAGAGCCUUAUAUGGAGGUUUCAAAACCAAAGUCACCUCCAAAAGAGAAACCACCUGUUAAAUUAAAGAGGGAUACCCUCGCAAAGAAUGCUGCUUCAAACACAUAAUGGGUUAUAAAAUAAUCCAAUGGAACUGUCGUGGUUUCUGCAACAACUUCUCUGACAUUAAACACUUGACACCAUCCACCUCAUCUCUCUGUGUGUCACUCCAGGAAACCCAUCUAAAAGCUGGAGAAAAUAUUUCUCUCAAAGGUUUCAAUCUUUAUUGCAAGGAUGAUGAUAGCCACAACCGAACCAGUGGCGGUGUGGCUAUUUUGGUUUCCAAUCGAAUCCCAUCUUUGCUGGUACAAAUAACCACUGAUUUACAAGCUGUGGCAGUCAGAAUUUCUAUUGGAGUAACUGUCACAGUUUGCUUUAUAUACUUGCCACCAGAUGUCUGAGUCAAGGAAGAUGAAUUGGAUGCCUUAGUUGAACAGCUGCCAACACCAUUCCUUCUACUGGGUGAUUUCAAUAGCCACAAUCCUAUGUGGGGCAGUCCUGACAUUAAUCGUCGAGGCAGAGCCAUUGAACAACUCAUAGGCAAUCAGCAAAUGUAUUUAUUUAAUACUGGAGAUGUGACAUACUUCCAUGCCCCAACAAGAACUUUCACUGCCAUUGAUUUUUCAUUAGCCACUCCCAACCUAUUUUUAGCAUUUACAUGGGAGGUUGGAUCUAAUCUACUCUGUAGCGACCACUUUCCAAUAUUUUUAAAAUAUCGAGGCAGAGAAAGCUGUGAAACAGCCCGUCCAUCGCGCUGGAAACUGGAAACGGCAGAUUAGCCUUCAUUUUCCUCUUUGGCUAACAUCACUGAGGAAAUGGUCAAUACUUUUGAUAUCAAUGAUGCAGUUGAGGUUGUCACUUUCAGUAUUAUUCAGGCAGCGGGGAAAACAUCAACUAGAUAUCCAAAAUAUCCGAAACCAUGGUGAAACCAGAAUUGCGAGGCAACAUUUAAAGCACAAAAGAAAGCAUGGGGUAUUUUCAGAAGAUACCCCACUGCGAGAAAUUUGGUUGCUUUUAAAAGAGGAAAGGCAAAUGACAGAAGAAUUAGAAGGCAAAGCCAAAGGGAUUCUUGGAGGAAGUAUGUCUCUGCUAUAACAUCAUCUACUAGCUCAAAAGCAGUCUGCAAUAAAAUCCAUAAAAUUAAUGGAAAAUAUGCUUCCCAAUCUCUGUCCGUGCUGGAAAAUAAUGGCACAAUAAUCAGCGAUAUACAGGAUAUUGCCAGUUUGUUGGGUGAAACGUUUUCUACUUCAUCCAGCAAUGUAAUGUUUACUAAGAAUUUCCAAGCUUAUAAAGCUCAAAAAGAAAAACACUAUUUAAAUUUUUACUUCUCAUCUAAUGAGGAAUAUAAUGUGCCAUUCACCAGCAUAGAACUACAUACAGCAAUCUCUCGCUCGGGGAAUACUGCUGUAGGUCCGGAUAAAAUCCACUACAGCAUGAUUAAAAAUCUUUCAGACAAUUCUCUUUGUAAUGUUCUGAAUCUGUUUAAUAGAAUAUGGACAGAACAUACUUUUCCCGACUCUUGGAGGCUAUCUAUCAUUAUUCCCAUUCCCAAACCUGGUAAAGAUCACAAGAAUCCCUCUAAUUACAGACCAAUUUCUCUGACAAGUAGUCUCUGUAAACUAUUCGAGAGAAUGGUAAACAGGCAU